AUGUCAACAUCCGAGGCAACCUGGCCCAUCCAACGCAUUCGGGAUCUUGUCACGACAAAAUUCGACAAACGAGCGUGUCUGUUCCAGAUCAAGAUCGCAUGUGCAAUCCGACAGAGACAGAACGAUGUUGUCGGGAUUGCAGCAACAGGCUCAGGGAAGACAUUAUCAUUCUGGAUACCACUACUGAUGGCACUCGAAGACAAGGAAGACAAGUGCAUGAUCGUAGUCACACCCCUGAAUCUCCUCGGACAACAGAAUGUUGAUCUGCUCAGUAAGGCUGGGAUCGGUGCAAUAGCCGUCGAUGGAAGCAACGCCACUAAUGAGACGUUCAUGGACAUCGCUGCGGUGAAGCACCGUGUCAUAGUCAUGAACCCGGAGAUCCUGAUGCAAGAGGGCGGCCACUGCGAGAAAUUGUGGAAGAUGCCUACGUUCACGUCCAGGCUGCUCUACAUCGUCUUCGAUGAAGGCCACUGCAUACAGGAGUGGAAUGCGUUCAGAGAACAAUACAAGUAUGUAGGAAUGCUCCGUCACCUGAUCCCAAACACUGUACCCUUCUAUGUUGCAUCAGCGACUCUUCCGGCAUCUCUCCUUGUGGACGUGACCGAGCUACUACAGCUUCGCAAAGAUCGUACGGAGCAUAUCAUCCGCUCUAACGAUCGCCCGGACAUUGCACUUGGUGUGCAAAUGAUGCAACACGCGGCACAUACGUUCAAAGAUCUUGAUUUCUUGAUACCGGACAAUUUCCAGGAGGGCGAUGUACCGCCGCCAAAGUUCCUGGUCUUCUGCAACAGCGUCAAAGAAACUGAGGCUGCUUGUAAGUACUUACGACGUCGCCUUCCCCAUCACCUUCGCCAGGAGAAGAUUAAGUACUUUCAUGCCUCUAUGUCCCCCUUCUUCCGUGUCGAUGAAUACGAGAGGUUCAAGAGCGGUGAUAGAUAUGGUCUGUGCGUCACAGAUGCAUUUGGCAUGGGGCUCGAUCUGUCUGGGAUCCAGCUCAUCAUACAGUGGAAGGUGCCGACAAGCAUGAACACCUUGUGGCAGCGUUUCGGGCGCGCCGCAAGGGGACCGGGCGAAUUCGCAUUUGCUAUCCUGAUAGCAGAGAAGCAAUACUUCGAUGUGGAGAUCAAGAAGAGGGAAGAGGCGAAGGAGAAGCGCAGGGCCAGGGAAAAGCGGAGGAAGGAAGCGAAGGCGAGCGGUCCAAAAAAGAACUCACCUCAGAAACGGCGCGCGCACGCUGGUCCCAGUGAUCACCCAUCUGCCGCCGGGCCCGCAGCUCUGCCGAGUUCACGGGAUAACGCCAUGCCUGCCCGUUCAGACUGCUCGUCGGAAGGAACAGACGAUGCCGUUGAAGGCGCGAGUGCGAUCGCUGUAGGGAUACAGAGUGAUCCUGCUUUGGAGGCUCGCGAAUCCGAAGCACGCGCGGUAGCUGAUGAGGAACGGCGCUCCAUAUACAAUGAACGGGAGGAGGGACGAGUAGGCGGAGCGAUAGCACGACGCAAGGACCGCCAACCGCCCCAGGCAGCCAUCCUCGACCUGAUCAAUGCGGAUGUUCGGGAUAUUGGCUGUCGGAGGAGGCCAGUCACUUUGGUCUAUUCGAAUGACAAGCGCGACUCACCAACUGGAUGCUUACGGUGCGCCCCAACAACAUCGAUUGUAUGCUGUGACUUGUGUCAUCCUAUCGCGUUCGAGGGACUUGCAGUCUCAGGCGCCAGACCCACUAGAGGCCUCCGAAAAUCGACCAUCAAGCGAUACGACCUCGGUCAACAGGAGCGCGAUCUUCGCAACGCGCUGCUGAAGUGGUCGGACGAUGAGACGGAGAGCAUCUACGGCCCAACAGUGCUCAACAUCUACGCGGGAAGUUUGUUCCUCCCACUCGACAUGCUAGAUCGGAUCGUCGACUGCGCUCACGCCGGCAAGCUAUCAUCACGGGAAGACUUCAAACGCGAGAUUGUCUCUGCCAAGGACUGGGCAGAGAGAUACAUGGACAAGGUGCUCGAGAUAAUCCGUGGUAUAUACCCACAACCUGCCGACCCGGAGCCGAUACCGCCGCCAGCACCUCAGGCUGGUGAUCUGGCCGACAAUGCUCCUCAACCAGAAGCCACGCGUCGGAAGAAGGCUCGGACGUAUGUAUGCAGUCGGUGUGGACAGCCCGGCCACAACAGUGCGUACUAUCUUUAUUCUCUUGCCGUUCUAGUCUGA